AUGUCGCCUUCCCGUUUACCUAUGCACAUCCACGACGUCCUCAUCAUUGGCGCAGGUCCUUGUGGCCUCGCAGUCGCAACGAGGCUCCGCGAACACACGCCGUCGGCAACUUUCACUGACGAUGAGCACCAGCGCUAUCACUGGAUCCGCAAGCAUGGCCGCAAGAUGAACAUCAAGAACUACCGCACCAAUACGGAUUCUCUUUCCUCAACGUCUAUAGGCGGUGAACGCAGUGAGAAGCUUGAUAUGCUAGUGCUCGACUCCGACGGCGCAUCCUGGAUGAGCAAGUGGAACCGGCUCUUCAAGACCUUUGGUAUUGAAUACCUCAGAAGUCCAAUGUUCUUUCACGUCGACCCUGCCGAUCGAGACGCACUUCUUGGCUACGCCUACGAGCACAACAGGGAAAAAGAGCUGCAGCCUUUACCAGGAUGCGCUGGGAAGGAGGUUAGCAAACAUCGGAAGAAGAAGAAACUGAAUCGGGGAAGAAUUUCGCAGAGUGGCCCAGACGUGGAUGAGAGAGAUCGCAAAGAUUACUUCACUCCUUCAAGCAAGUUGUUUCGAGCUCAUUGCGAAGAGGUUACUGCUCGAUAUGGCCUCGGGAAUGAUGUGAUUCAGCAGGAGACGGUUGUUGAUGUUCAAUUCGGCAACGCAUCGGCAUGGGAAGAACGAGCGCACGACAGUGUCAUUUCCGAUGAUGAUUCGAGCAAUGGCCAGGAACUCUUCCGUGUCUCUACCAAUAAGCGUGAGCGCUACGCGCGAGUUGUAGUUCUUGCUAUUGGACCUGGGAAUGCGCCUGUCUUACCACGGAUAGCCGGAAUCACGCCAGAAACACCGCACGAAGGCUGUUGUCAUGCCAUGCAAAUCAAGCAAUACCCUCCAGCUCACGUCGCAGCGAGAGUCGAGCAACGCCUACCUACCAACAUGUUGAUCGUUGGGGGUGGAUUGACUAGCAUUCAGCUUGCAGACCUUGCAAUCAAAAGAGGCGUGAACAAGGUCUGGUUACUUAUGCGCGGUGGGGUCAAAGUGAAAUACUUCGAUGUGGAUUUAGAAUGGGUUGGAAAGUUUCGGAACUUUAACCAGGCAGCUUUUUGGUCGGCUGAUACCGAUGAGGAGCGAUUCGAGAUGAUGGCGGAAGCUCGAAAUGGUGGCAGCAUGACCCCAAGAUACCGCAAAAUCCUCGAUGCUCACGUCGCAAGCGGCAAAAUCUCGCUUCAUUCUCAUACAACCUUGCAGUCUGUCAAGUGGGCUACGGACCUGCGCCAAUGGACGUUGGCUGUCACGUCUCCUGCGCUUGCACUACCACCGAUUGACUACAUCGUCUUCGCGACUGGCAUACAAACUAAUGUCGAACAGCUUCCCAUCCUCAAAAACAUAAGAGAAGACUACCAGAUUGAAUAUGUUGGUGGUCUACCAUGUCUGAACGACGAUCUAAUGUGGGCUGAUGGUGUCCCGCUGUUCGUCACUGGUCGGCUUGCAGGACUCCGACUUGGUCCAGGGGCGCCUAAUUUGGUGGGUGCCCGAGUGGGUGCCGAGAGGAUUGCUUGGAACAUUCAAGAUGUCCUCAGGAAAUCAAACCCUGAAUAUGGUACAGUAAGCAAUAACAGCUCAAUGGAGGACAGCGAUGAGGAGAAGGUAGCUGCUUAUGCGGCCGGGAGACGGAAUCGGUUCGAUAGCUUAGUUGGCAUUGAUGUAAAUUAA